UUUUAUAUUUAUUUCAAAAUAUGUAUGUAGCAAUUUUGUCAAAGCCCUGACAAAAACUUUUUCUCCCAGCCCGAGGAAUUAUUGACACAAAAGAGUUCAUUUUGAUUUUUGGCCAACCAUGGCCGCACUAUAUGUGGGCGACUUGCACGCGGAUGUGACAGAAGCCAUCCUUUAUGAACGAUUGAGUCGAGUGGGAAUCAUUUUGUCCAUCCGCGUGUGCCGAGACAUGAUGACUGGGCGCUCACUGGGAUAUGCGUGCGUCAACUUCCAGCAGCUUGCAGACGCUGAACAUGCGCUGGAUACGAUGAACUUUGAGCUGAUCAAGGGCCAACCCAUGCGUAUUAUGUGGUGGCAGCGGGACCCUUCGUUAAGGAAGAGCGGCGUGGGCAACAUCUUCAUCAAGAACUUGGACCGCUCCAUCGACAACAACGUCCUGUACGACAUUUUCUCCUUCUUUGGCAACAUCCUGUCCGGCAAGGUGGUCUGCGAUGAGAACGGCUCGAAGGGCUACGGCUUUGUGCACUUUGAGACUCAGGAGGCGGCCGAGAGAGCCAUUGUGGAGAUGAACGGCAAGAUUAUUAAGGACAGAAAAAUAUUUGUGGGCCACUUCAAAUCCCGCAAAGAGCGCGAGCCCGAGCUGGCCGUCCGAGCCAAGGAGUUUACCAACGUCUACGUGAAAAACUUUGGCGAUGACGUGGACGACAACAUGUUGAGGGAUAUCUUCAGGACCUACGGGAACACCACCAGCGUCCGAGUGAUGAUAGACGAACGCGGCUCGUGUCGAGGCUUCGGUUUUGUCAGCUUCGCCAGGCACGAGGACGCCCAGAAGGCGGUGGAUGAGAUGAACGGGAAGGAGUUUCACGGCAGGAUGAUUUACGUCAGCCGCGCCCAAAAGAAAGUGGAGCGCCAGGCCGAGCUCAAGCGCAUGUUUGAGCAGAUGAAACAAGAUCGCAUCUCGCGCUACCAGGGUGUCAACUUGUACGUGAAGAACCUCGACGACAGCAUUGACGACGAGUCCCUGCGUAAAGAGUUUGCGCCCUUCGGAGCCAUAACCAGCGUCAAGGUAAUGACGCAGGGCGAGCGCAGCAAAGGCUUCGGCUUUGUCUGCUUCUCGUCUUCGGAGGAGGCCAGCAAAGCGGUGGCGGAGAUGAACGGCCGCAUCGUGGCCACCAAGCCGCUGUACGUGGCGCUGGCCCAGAGGAAGGAGGAGCGCCAGGCCUACCUGACCCGCCAGUACAUCCAACGUAUGACCAACACACGGCCCGUGCCCAACCAGGUCAUCGGCCCUUACCAGGCCGGGCCGCCCCCGGCUUACUUCAUAGCGCCCGUUCCUCAGGCGCAAAACCGCAACCCCGCUUACUUUCCGCCGGCCGCUCAGGUGGCCCAACUGUGUCCAAGCCCUCGCUGGGCCACAGCAGACUACCAGAACAUGCCCGGCGCCGCCCGGACCUCGGCACCGAGCCCGCCCAAUUUUCAUUCUGCCGCCCACGGCGAAUGUGCUGCCUCCCAGAGUCUGAGUCCCCGACCCGACUCCCCGCUGUCCCCCGUGUGCGUGGUUCCUCAGUACAAGUAUGCCCAGGGAAUCCGCAGCUCUUCCAACCACAUGCAGCCUACGCAGGUAAAUGACUUGAGACAAAAUUGCUACGUCCAUAUAGAGUUAAUUUCCUGCUUCUUUUUGCUUCCUCGGCCUUCUGGCUACACUCCGAAGCCUCUGACGGCCUCCGUUCUGGCUUCUGCUCCCCCACUGGAACAGAAGCAGAUGCUGGGUGAGUGUUUGUUCCCACUCAUCCAGAACAUGCAUCAAGACCUGGCAGGGAAGAUCACCGGCAUGUUGUUGGAGAUCGACAACUCGGAACUCCUCCACAUGCUGGAGUCCCCGGAAUCACUCAGUUCAAAGGUGGACGAGGCUGUGGCCGUCCUUCAGGCGCAUCAGGCCAAGGAGUCGUCCCAGCAGGUUUACUGAUGCUCCACAAAUCCCACCCAAGUGAGGAUGUCCUCAAGCUAUAAUGUACUGAUGGCAGGAAGUGAAGGAUCUGAGCAAAACACCCCCAAGCAAACAAAAAACAGAUAAGAGGAAAAACAAAAGUAUCAAAAUACAAGUAAACAACAUUUAAAAAAAAAAUGAAUAUAAGUAAACAAAAAGUAGGAGAAUACCAGCAAAUGUAAAAAAACAAAAGUCAGAAUACAACAGAAAAAAAA